CUUCGCCAUUCUUACAGAAGCUGUUUUGUAGUAUGUCUCUGUUGGUUCAUCGUGUUUGAUUCUUUACUCUUUUAUGGUGACAGCGUUUUUAUAGAAGUUCUCGUCUUCUUUAUAGCGUAUUUCGAUUUCAUUUCGACGAACUCGAAGAUCUCCUCGAGAAGAAUGGCAAACGCAGAAGGACCGCGCCGUGCUUUUUUGUCAGACGACGUUUUUCCACCUCCUGCCUUCUCCGAGCAUGCAGCGCUGGAGCGCUGGGCGACCAAGUGCGCUAUGGCGUUCUCAAACGUUACAUUCUCAACUGUUAAAUGAGUUUGUGAUGCAAGAAUGGCAACAGUGAAAGUGGCAAGAUUGCAGCUUUCGCAUCACAGAUUUCCCACAGAUUAUCCUGCUGUUUAGCCCUUUGAAAAUGUGUCAUGCUAAGCACCUUGACCAAGUGGAGGCUGAUGCCAAUUUUGCAUGACAAACAAGGUCAUGGCGCGGGGACAGAGUCCCCGCGCUGCGACCUUGCAGCGAAGAAGAGCCACCCGCGGUGGCUUUUCUUGCCCGUGAUGCGGCAGGAUUUUUAUUUUUUUUGCGACAGAACGGGAUGGCCCUGCCGCCCGUGGAGCCGGCGCCCCCCCUGGAAAAGUGCGCCCUUUUCUGCCCCCCUCGGCGGGGCGCCCCCCCCCCCAAAGGACUCCCCACGGCCAACCGAGGGCGCGGCCUUCCUGGGGGCUGUUCUCCCGAACCAAGGCGCGCGGACCUGUUCCUGCGCCCCUGGGCGGGGCGCCCCCCCCAUAGGACUAUUGCCGACCAACCGAGGGCGCGGACUUCCUGGAGGCUGUCCUCCCGAACCAGGGCGCGCGGACCGACCUGUUUCUGCCUGCGCCCCUGGGCAGGGCGCCCCCCCCAAAGGACUACCCACGACCAACCGAGGGCGCGGACUUCCUGGAGGCUGUUCGCCCGAACCAGGGCGCGCGGACCUGUUUCUGCGCCCCUGGGCGGGGCGCCCCCCCCAAAGGACUAGUCACGACCAAGGGAGGACGCGCCCUUCCUUGCCCCUGUUCUCCCAAACCCGGGCGCGCGGACCUGUUUCUGCGCCCCUUGGCGGGGCGCCCCCCCCUCAAAGGACUACCCACGACCAAGGGAGGACGCGGCCUUCCUGGGGGCUGUUCUCCCGAACCAGGGCGCGCGGACCUGUUUCUGCGCCCCUGGGCGGGGCGCCCCCCCAAAGGACUACCCAAGACCAACCGAGGGCGUGGCCUUCCUUGCGCCUGUUCCGCCGAACCAGGGCGCGCGGACCUGUUUCUGCGCCCCUGGGCGGGGCGCCCCCCCCAAAGGACUAGUCACGACAAAGGGAGGACGCGUCCUUCCUUGCCCCUGUUCUCCCAAACCCGGGCGCGCGCACCUGUUUCUGUGCCCCUUGGCCUUGGCCGCACGGUGUCCGGGAACGAAGCGCUCGCAGCUGGGGCUGGCCCCUGGGUCAUGGCGCGGGGACAUAGUCUCCGCGCCAUGACCCAGGGGCUUUCGAUCGCCCCUUGGCCGCACGGUCUCGCGUGACAGACUGGGCUUCGGGUCCAAACCCCACAUGACAAAGUCCGAAAGCUUGGCCGGGGUGUGUCCGAAAGUCUGUCCGGGGUGUGUCCGAAAGUCUGCCCGGGGUGUGUCCGAAAGUCUGCCCGGGGUGUGCCUGGGGUGUGUCUGGGGUAUGUUCGGACUUUUUGCCUGGGGUGUGUUCGGGGGUCUGUCUGGGGUAUGUCUGGGGUGUGUCUGGGGUGUGUCCGGGGUAUGUUUAUACCCCGCCUUCUGCUUUUUCGCCAAAAAUUUGUAUUCAGGUCGGGAUUGAAUUCCAUUUGCAUACCCCUGACACACCCCCGAACAUACCCCCGAACAUACCCCUCGCAUGCAUUUUUGACCAGCUGCUGCAGUUUAGAUAGUAAUUUAUGUAACAGUUGAGAAUGUAACAUUUGAGAACGCCAUAUGCGCCCCCGGGUACUUGGAGCAAUUGUUGGCGAAAAUGCAGAACAAGCUGCUGCAGAAAGUUCUAUCGGAGAAAAGCACUGUGAGUACUAGCCCAGCACGAGGAACAUUGAAUACCGGUGGAAAUAAUAAUGCCGCUGCCGCUGCUGGAGGCCAAGAGGACCAAGGGGACCCCAGAACCACUGCUGGCGUUCUUGAGGACACCAGCAAGAACUACCGCACCCAGUUGUUUAAACGCCAUGCGGAGCACUACCACUUUUGCGACCACACUGUCACCAGCUAUAGCGAGAGGGACGAGCAGAGCGGAGCUGCUUCUAAGAAUGUGAAAAACAACUUGCAGCGUUGCAUCAACGUCGUGUGCAAAGAGGCCUGGAAUGAGCGGCGACAACUGUACUGGAACCCCGUGGUUGGGAAAUAUUUCCAGGUGGUCCAGUGGUUCCCGAAGUUGGUCACCACAUUCGACAUAAAUUUCCACCGAAAGGUAUCCUGAGUAAAAACGUACCCACACCAGAGUUGUAAUGCAGAUUUGCAAAGACAGGAAGACUUGUAAUGCGCAUCCGCAUGAGAGCCAUUUCCAAUCGUGUUUUGGAAUUUGUGAUGCUGUGAACAGGAUGAGCAGAUGAAUCUGUGAUGCGGCUACACUUGCUAACCUGCACUACGCUGCAUAGUGCAACUUGUCAUGCGUGACUCACAGAGCUCCUAGGUUUGUGUUGCAAAAUCCUCAUCCUGACUCUGGUGUGGGUACGUUUUUACUCAGGAUAAAAGGACAAUAACAUUAACACCGAGCUGAGCAGUAAUGUGCCGGCGCAAGAACAAGGUGGCGCGGCAACGAGGACCACACAGGAGUAUCGCAAGAAAAAAUCCCCCCUCCCCAUAUUGAAGAGGUAGGCUUUCGAAAAUUUGUGUUGCUGAUUUGAGGUCACAGACCACGUUUGUGCUGCAAGAAGACAAGGGCAGCAGCUUCCGUCCCAUUAUGGAGGCGGUUUGUCAUGUUGUUGAGCCAACAUCACGGACGCUUCUCAUGCUAAGCGCCUAAGUCAAAGCAUCUCUGCCCAGGCUUGAUAUGGGUCUGCAGUCCUCUCUAGCUAGACAGAUGUGAUUUGUGUACUCAAAUACAGCAACACAAAUUCCGCUUUCGAUAUGGGGAGGGGGGAUUUUUCCUCACAAUAAGGAGCUUUUCCUCACGCCUCCCCGGACGACGACGGACUUGGAGCUUAUGGAAUGCAAAAAUGUCUGGGACUGGAAGAAUGCAACUUGUGAUGCGCAUUUCAGAACACAGAAAAAUCUCUCAUGCAUAGGUAGCAAAAGCUGCCCACUUUCUGUCACCAAAGUGGGGGAUUUGUCAUGCGGAUUCGGCAUUGCGGAAGCUUCUCGAAACCUGUGAUGCUAGAGCUUCAAUGCCAGACCUUGCGUGUCAUGCAAAAACAGCAUGAAUCUUCCAGACCCAGACAUUUUUACACUUGAUAGAGCUUCAAGAGGAACUGAUUCGCCCUGUCUUGGAGGACGCGGGAGACAUUUCGCCGCCCCUGCGAACAGCGAGCGCGGCAAGGAAAUUCCAGCAGCUGAUGCAAAAGAAGUUGGACGAACGAUUUAACUACAGGAGUAGCCACGACGGCUUAUCGCAUGUUGGAGAACAACUUCACGAUCAGCAUUUAUGUUCGGGCGACAAGAACAACGUCGGUACUAUGGUGACAAAAAACACUUCAUCCUCCAGCUCAGCACAAAAAUACCACAACAAGACCAUUUUCCUGUGUUUCGCGGACGAAAUGGAGAAAGCCCAAAUCACCCUGACCAUCGUGUCCACGCUGCACUCGCAGAAUUUAAACUUUUCCGUCAAUUGGCGGUCCCGCUUCAAAACCACUUUCAUCGUGAACCAGGGCAACCCGGCACUGUUCGAGGGAAAGAUUGUUGCUGAAUCCUUCCAUUUUGACACAAAUUACAACCAGGAUAAUGUCGCUCAUGGUGGUGCUGGUGGUCCGGGGACUGCGCUUUUCUUGAGCAGCGGGGCGAGUGGUAGUAGUACUAGUAGUACGAAUGCACCUGUGAUGAACAAUGCCUUUCAAAGAUUCGGAGCAGCGUCGUCCAACUCUUUUCAACAGCAACAAGACGACGCGUCAGCAUCAUCUCCAACAUAUCCCACGAAAAAACUGCUUCACUGUGGUGAUUUUGCAAAAUCUGCAUCACAAGUUCCUUACUCAUGACACAGAAAAUUUGCCAUGCGCGCUUCCCAAGGGAAAACACGCUUGAAAAUGCAAUGUCUUGCAAGUGUAGAAAGACAAAUAGGUCUGUGUUCCAUUUUCUGCAUCACAAGUUCACAGUGAAACAAUUUUUUCUUGCCAUACAACGAGGAACACGAACAGUAGUAGAAACCACAGGAAGAUGCUGUUAGACCCGCGGGAAAAUCAAGAUUAUCAACUCUUCCUACAAAAGCAGAAGGAAAAGGCCCUGAAACAUUGGAACGCGGCGUGUCGGUAUGCUCGGGAGUUCCCCAGCUCCGUGAAGUUGCAACAGAUGCACGACUAUCAAAUGCAAAUAUGUCUGGGUCUGGAAGAGGACAAGUUUGUCGAUGCACAUUCUCCAUGAUGAUGAUUCGUGAUGUCUGUGAUGUAUGCCGUAGCCUCACACAUUUUUUUGAGCGCUUAUCGAAAUCGAUGCGCAUCCCGCAAGACAAAUGCCCUCUCCGCGACGUAGCCAAAUUUGACUCCCCUUGCUGCUUAUGCAAUGCAGAUUUUUUGAGCAUCCAGAUGCAGCAUCACAAGUUGCACUCUUCCAGACAUCCAGGGAUAUUUGCAAUGCAUAACGACGCGGACGGAGUUUGCCAGCAGGUGGUGGACUUUCUGGAGAGGCAGUUCGAACUUGCCAAAAGGAAGCUGGCGGCAAAAGUGGCGGGUCGGCGAAAUGACUUUCAGCAGCAGCAGGAGAGAAGAGGGCAUGGAGCAUACACAAAAACUUCUGAUGCGGAUACACCACAACUCCAAGAUGAAGCGUUUCUUGUGGUCCCCCGGCGGGCCCCUGGGGCCUACUUCCGCGAACCUUUUGAUUGGAGCGGGAAAAACUCCAGUAUACAAAACGACUUGCAAACUGCACUCUUGUCGAGGCUAGGAUCAUGAUAGUGUUAAUAAUCUUGAAGAAAGUUGUUUGAUACAUAGGAAAAAAAUGGUAGCAUGUUGAAUAGAAUCCUGAUCUCGAGCAUGCCCAAGCCGAAGCCCAAGUGUACAAAAAAAACCAAAACGCGAUGAUCCAAAGCUAAGAAGGCAUGUAGCAUCAAUCCGCG